CACGGUGGCGGAGAUUGUCCGGCGGGUGAACCCGGGGAUGAGGGGGAUCAAUUUUGAUCUGCCGUUUGUGGUGGAGACUGCGCCGGAGUACCCGGGGGUCACUCACGUCGCUGGGGAUAUGUUCGAGUUUAUCCCCGAGGCUGAGGCUGUCUUCAUGAAGACCGUGAUGCACUGCUUCGGCGAUGAUGAGUGCGCAAAGGUCCUGAAGAACUGCAGGAGUGUCGUACCGAAGACGGGAAAGGUUAUAAUCGUCGACGUGGUGUUGCGAGCGGACGACGACAGCCCGUGGGGAGAUAUCCGUGCUAAAUUUGAUAUGUUGAUGUACGCCUACACUUCCGCCGGUAAAGAGAGGACCGAGGAAGAGUGGAGGAAGCUGUUGAAGUCCGCGGGCUUUCCUCGUAUUAACUUCAUUAUUGUUCCCGCGAUCUGGUCCAUCAUCGAAGCGUUCCCCGAAUAAAUCGUGGAGGCUUUGAACUUACUUGUGUACUGUAUGUGCUAUGCUAAAAUGAGUCGUCUUGUGUUUCAGAACCUACUGGUACUACUAGUGUCUUUACUAUACUAGAAAUAAGUAUGUUAUGUAUCUUAUUUAUCUAUGUAUA